AUGAUUUCGGUGGAUCAGUCUCCAGGGCGGGUAUAUUUGAGCUCUGAUAGCAUUUCAAAUUCAGAUUCCACUUCGAAUGGUUCUGCUGAGAUUCAUUCUGUUGAAUUUUUGAAUAAUUUGAAAUGUUCGGGUACCCCUAAUCAUGAACUGAUGUUGAAAGUUGGAACUCCUGUGAUGUUGUUAAGAAACAUAGAUCAUUCUAAUGGUUUGUGUAAUGGCACUAGAUUGAUCAUUACCCGUUUAGGUGAUUAUGUUUUGGAGGCGCGUGUCUUGGGGUGUCAUAAUAUUGGUGAUAAGGUUCUGAUUCCGCGCAUGUCAUUGAUACCGUCUGAUCCAAGGCUACCUUUCAAAUUCCAACGACGCCAAUUUCCUCUGGCUGUGUCAUAUGCAAUGACCAUUAACAAAAGUCAAGGCCAAUCAUUGUCCCAUGUUGGAUUAUUUUUGAAAAAACCGGGCUUCAGUCAUGGACAACUUUAUGUUGCUAUAUCUAGAGUCACAAGUCGUGAAUGA